AUGGUCCUUUACAAACGCAAACCGGUCCAAUACCUUCCGCGACCCGUGAUCGAAGAUGAUAGCUCCGAGGUCUGGGUCAUCCCGGAGACCAACGAGGUUUUUACGAGCUAUGAGCCGUACCUCCAGCGCAUGGACUUUUACAAGUCACGCCGAUUCAUUUGCGAGAUCACGGGCCAUUCAGGAAUGACCUUUUUCGAGGCACUUCGGAGUGAACUGGAAGAAUCGCGCGAGGUCAACAACAGCUUCCCCGAAGCGCUGAAAGAGCCAAUUUUGCGCCGCAUUCAGUUCUCGACCACCUCGAGAGUUGACAAUUUGGUGGACGAAAUCUAUGAAGAAUUUAAAUCGGACUUUUACCCUGGAGAGCCAGUUCUCAUUCUACUAGAAGACAACAGCAGACUUCACGGCACCAUCAGAGACAAGGCCAACUUUGCCGAGCAGUUAUAUGCGGAUGGCACCAUCAAGACCCCGGCAUAUGCCAGGUACCUGGUCAAGAUUUCUGACCGGCCAAAUGAAGAGGCCCUGUUGGAUCAGGACCACAUCACUCGUGAUAGGAAGUCAUUCACAAAGUUGAUGCUGCGUGGAUUUAUUAAGAACAACGUGACCCGAGAGUCGUGGACCGGUGCUCCCUGGCUGGUGAAACCAUCCGUCGCGGAGGAGUACAAGAUUUCCACGGAGGUGCCUAAACAUUUACAGUAUGGCGCCAAGGUAGCCGAGAAGAAGGCAAUGAAGAAGGCAGACCAGGAAGGAUUUUUUGGAUUCUUUUCUUCCCAGCAGCUGCCUGAACUGAAGCCUGCUGUGAAGGGCGCGAAAGCGAAGAUGAGCGCACAUGACCACGCCAAAUCACGCGAAGCUCAGUAUCUGGAAUAUCAACGAUCCCUCAAUGGAAACCCAACCUUCCUUUCACCAAACAAUCCACUUCGCCCAAGCAAACCGCCGCUGGUCGGUGACAAGAAAAUGCCCCACCCCUCAGUUAUCAUCAAAAAUGAGUCUCGGCCACCAUCACCACCUCCGAUUAAGUACCCAAUGGAGGAUCUUGAGCUCGCUCCCAACAAGGACAAGACUCAUCGCCCGACUUUGAAGUUCCUGAUGGUGGGAGAUACUGACGAUGACGGUGCCGAGGACCUCCUGCCUGACGAUGUGGAACCCGAAUCAGUGGGACUCCUUCUCGAAACUUGGGAUACGCUCAAUGUCUACUGUGAGGUGUUCCAAUUGGAUUCGUUCACCUUUGACGACUUCGUUCAGGCCAUGCGCUUCUCAUCGGAGGAAAUGGACUGCGAACUUUUCGUCGAAAUCCACUGCGCCCUCCUCAAGAAGCUGGUCAAUUCCGAGGGCAAUGGUGGUGCUGCCCAGAUUUCUCUUCCGGACUUCCCAUCCGAAGAGUCUGAUGACUCUGAGAAUUCGGAUGAGGAUGAAGACAAUGAAGAGAGCGACGAGGAGGACUCUGGCCCCGCGAGGAGAAUGACUACCCGUGGUAGUCUGGCAAAGAAAGAGGCCGAAAGCUUGAAGGCGCAGCUCGAGGAGCCCGAAGAGGAUGAGCGGAUUCAUCGUGCUGCCGAGAUGUUCACCAACUACAGUUGGAUUGAUCGUCUGCGCCGACGAGACUUCCGCAAUGGUGGAUGGGAAUUGGUCAUGAUCGGUCUCUUGCACCAGCUGUCUGUUCGACCUCGCCUCGAGGAGACCUGCAAUGAAGUUCUCAAACACCUAGCGCCGCUUGACGAGCCCGCCACUCAGAAGACUGCGCGGGAGCAAUACCGUACUUUGGAUGUCAACUUGCGAGUCAAGGCUCUCCAGAUCAUCUGCUUGUUGAGCUUGGAGACGAAGGCCAUCCGGAAUUACAUGGAGGAAUGCAGUGUUCAGAUGACAGAGUUCCGCAAGGUGAAAAUCGAGCAUCAAAAGGCUCGCAAGGCUGCACUACAAGAUUUGCGACAAUUGCACCAGGAGCGAAAGGCACUUCAGCCCGAGCCCGAAAAGACCACCGAAAAAUCGCCGUCGCCCGUGCCGGAGCUUGACGGGCUGGAUGACUCGAAGAUGACCGGUCUGGAUGGCGAUUCCGAGGUUCCGGAUACGGACGACGAAGACACUCCCCGACCACGCUCACUCCGAGGGGGUGCCGAUCGUGCUGCUGAACGCAAGCGCAAGCAGGACGAGGAGCGGGAACGAAAGGAGCAGCUGGCCAAGCAGCCCAAAGGAUCUAAGCAGUAUCAGCGGGUACUGAAGAAGAUUGAGGACCAAAAGGCCAAGAUCACGAAGAUCGAGGAGAAGAUCGAAUCGGUGGAUAACGACCUCCGUGAGGCCGAUUGUCCACGCACGAAAUGCCUGGGUCUGGAUCGUUUCUGCAAUCGGUACUGGUGGUUUGAGCGCAACGCGAUGCCUCCCUCAGGCAUGCCGGACAGCUCCACUGCAGAAGCGGGCUAUGCCAAUGGUCGUCUUUGGGUUCAAGGUCCCGAUGAGAUGGAGCGCGCCGGCUUUAUCGACCUGACCGACGAACAACGCAAACAGUACCAGAAGCAUUUCCACACCACCCCCGCCGAGCGCAAGAAGCACGAAGAGGGCCCUACGCACGUAUCGACUGCCCGCGAAUGGGGCUACUACGAUGACCCGGAUUCAAUCGAGCAACUGAUCCAGUGGCUGGACGCUCGAGGCAACCGGGAGUGCAAGUUGGUCAAGGAACUUCAUCUGCAGCGGCACACUAUUGCCAAGUACAUGAAGCACCGCCAGGAGUACCUCACUGUGAGCGCCGAACGAGCCGAGUCGGAGGAACUACCUACGAAGCGUGUCACUACUCGUAAGAAGACGUACAUGGACGUCAACGAGCAUCGUCUCCGCUGUCUGCGGUGGCACAACGGCACGUCUCUGGGCGAGAAUGGCCAUCUGCACGUCGAUCCUGAGCGGCCCGCCAAGCGGCAGAAGCGGAACGCCGAUGAUACACGAGGCGGCCGAGGAACGCGGGGAAAGACGUUGACCCGACGGGGCUCACGGCGCGGGGCUUAA